AUGGUCCACUCACGCGUUACUAUAACUUACACCGCACCUCGUGUUCUCGCAUCGCAUGAAUCCUUCCCCCUACUCCUCACUGCGUUCAGGCAACACCUGCCCCUUCACAAUCUUCAUUGGAAGAGCGCGGCGCGCGCAACACUCAGGACGGUGCAGGAGCUCCAGAUCGAACUGGUCCCGUUGGAAGAAGUCAAAGAUGAGCAAGCUAGUCAAGUUCCAGUUAGCCUACUAGAGCGUCCAUUGGGGAACUUGUUUUUUGUGCAAUGUGACGACAACGACACAUACAAGGCGACAGUACGAAAGCAGAUCCGAGAUUGGGUAUCUAUUGUAUCCCAGAGGAGGAAUCAGGACUACCUUGUCGUUCUUGUUGUGAGGCCUGAAGCGCGGCAGCAGGGGAAUAAACUAUUCCAGGGGAUGAAGAGCACGAUGCUGGACAGGCUCAAAUCAGACUUUACUACAGGAAAGAAGGAUCAUUGUACUCAACUCAACUGGUCCAUGUCUCAGAAUGAGCCCGCUGGUUGGGCAGACGUGAUCACAAGGCUCAAAGAGCAGAUCAUUGCCUCUUUCGAUGCUUCUGUCACCCUCCGAGAAGAAGAAGUACGGCGGAAUGAGGCGCAGCGACAUGUGCCUGGGUGGAACUUCUGCAAUUUCGUCGUGCUAAAAGAGAGCUUGGCGCUGAGCUACGAGGGGAUGAAUCUACUCGAGGAUGCCCUAGUGGUGUACGACGAGCUGGAGACAUCGUUCUAUCAGGUCCUGCGGGAGAUGAAUCUCUCCUGGUUUGGCAAGCUGGGCGGCCAAGAUCCAGGGGACGAUUCUCUCCCCCUCCUCUCCUUGUCCAAAAAGCCCUAUCGCGACCUCAUGCUUAAUAAUACAAUCACGGUAUUCGAUUUCCGUUGCUACUUGCUAGCAAGGCAAUGCAGUUUGCUCGGGCAGAUGCUGAAGGUUACGAGGUUGGCGAGGAAAGCGCAAGGGUUUAUUUCAGGGUUUGCAUUGACAUUGGAGGAACAGAGCAAGGAUACCUUCCCAGAAUACUUCCUCGAAUCCUGGCAAUUUUCCUCUGCGCUCUCUGUUGUAGACCAGUGCCAGACCUGGGCGCGGAGCGUCACCCUCGACACUGCUGCUACGAUUUCCCUGAAUGGCGCACUCGCAGAAUUGAUCGAACUGGCUCGGAACCAGCUAGACCGGAUCGGCCUGCAUACAGGCCAUCUACCGCCCAUUGAUCCCUACCUGGCGCUCUCAAAAGACGCACAUAACGACAGCAGUGUACGGAGUGGGGAAGAAGAAGAGCGGGGAAAGAGGACGAUAAGCAACGUUGAGCUUCUUGCAGCGAUUAAGAAGAGGGAAAGCUUUGAUCAGGUAUAUGUGAACACGACAAAGCGUGCGAUCGAGUGUUGUGUGAUUAGCAAACGAAAACGCUCAGCGUUGAGGUUGCAUUUCUCCCUUGCUGUACUUGAUGUCGUUCGUGGUCGUCCCGCUGCAGCUGCAUCAGCGUACCGCUCUCUCCCACCCCACUAUUCCCAUUCCCUCUGGGCCUCUCUGGAGGCCCCUCUGCUCUCCCGCUCCAUCGCGUGCAUCGACCAGCUCCCAGAAGGAGAACAGAAUCCGAGUGAGUGGGUAGCGGAUGCAUUGGGACUGAUGAAGGCGUUAGUGGGGGUUGGUAAGCUGGGUGCGGGUAAGGUACUGGAGGGAUUUUGGGCAAAUGAAGUGCCGGUGGAAGCGGAAGAGGAAGCGGAAGAGGAUAUACCACAGAAAAAGGAGAAGUACUUCGCAAAGUUGGUGAAAAAACUGAGGGAAGUGGGAGGCAAGCUACAUGAAGAAUUGCGGAUAACUCACCAUCCGGCGCUUGCACUCGUGUUGGAAUCAAAGAACGCGCCCCCCGCAGAGGGACAGGAUGGCUGUCAUGUGGAUGUUCUCAUUGUCAAUGCCCUUCCCUGUGAAAUUCUCGUCGACGCGAUCGAGGUCGUGCUCUCGGGAGUGAAUGAGAGCAACAAAGCCAUAUUCCGGUUGGAUGCUGCAGUCCUCCCUUCUGGGAGGACAACGUUUCGACUCUUCUCCCCUAGUCCUCAUUCUGGGCUUUACAUUCUAGAUUCAUCAUCAAUCAUGCUCUCACACCUUACCUUCUAUCAAGCUGCAUCAUCUUCUCUAGACAAAGUUCGCACAGUUAAGCUGCCUGCCGACCACGCAUGUACGACUGUUCUAGCUAGCCCGCCUCGCAUAAUGCAUCUAGAUCAAUCGCCCCGUCUCAUGCUCACUGUCGUAGCGGGACGGAACACCGUCAAGCGAGCGGCUUUUACGAUCUCGGAUCUCUCCAGAAACGUUAGUUUCCGCAUUGCAAGCAUAGAAACCGAAGGCACGAAAGAAGCGCAGGGGCAUCUUGAGGUCUCCGCGGAAGAGAUCCAGGUUACAGACCUACCCUCGUUUCAGGAGUUGGAGUUUAUUGUUCCAUAUUACGGAGCUGAUCGUGGAGCUGGUAUUUCGCUACUCAUUGAAGGAACCUACGUGACAAAAGAUCAGCCAGAAGUCGUUCGCACAUUACACGUCACUCGGCCAGUACGGGUGACCCUGCCAAUGGCCGUGAAUGUUCAGGACUUCUUUCGCGGUUCGAAUACUUUCUCAAAAUUCAAUGUUGCAUCUGACGGACAGCAAUAUCUCCGUUUGCUCGGUGCGAAACUGGAAGGAACAACUGAUCUAUAUAAAAUUAAGAUGUGCAGAAAUUCUGCGUCUGGGCCUACUGUUGUGUCACCCACACGUCAAGCCUCGUUCGUGUUCAAGCUAGAAGCAAAACGGACACCAGCUGUGAAUGAAUCACGGGAGCCGCUUCGUGUUGUUAUCAACUAUCGUUCUUUAUGGGACGAGAUGUUCUGCAUCGUGUCUCGCCAUGUGAAGCACCUCGUCCACGAUCUUGGCAUUCAGGAGCACGGCGAGUGGCUCCGAGAACGCAUCAUGUCGAGGCUUGAGAGGGAAAACGAACAGAUCGGACGAUACUGCUUGACGGGUCAGCUUCAUAUCCGAGCAUCGGCCGAAGAAUGGUCUGAAGAGGUGGCAAGCUAUGAGAGAGGGUCGACCUUAAAAUCGCAGCUGUUGGAGGCCCUCCGCCAGAUCGCCGAGUUAAUUACCGCUGGCGCAUCAGCGGUACCUGAAGACAGUCGCAUUCGAAUUCUAUCAAUACCUGUCGAUGUUCCCGUCACUCAAAUCUUGAACCGCGUACACAUCGAUAUCCCCAAACAUGUAAACGUAUACGCGGGUCAGCCUGUACAAGCGACACUUCGCAUAUACUCCACGAUCAUACCCGAAGGAUCUCUGUCCCAAAAGAUGGGGUUUGAUGUGCUCGCGGACUUUUCUACUUGGCUUGUUUCCGGUCAGAAGAGGGGAGAAUUCGACGUUGAUGUUGGUACCGUCCUUUCCUCAUGGGUUGCGGUUCUGAAUACGGUGGAACAGGACAAUAUCACCGUAUCAAUACCCCUAACACUAGUGCCAAUGCGUCACGGCGCUCUAUUCUUUCCACAAGUCUCCGUAUACCCGAUUAGCACAGAAGAUACUCCAACCUUUAACGGCAGACCACCCGAGUUGCCAACUUCGGAUACUUACCAAGCCAACGCAGCGGACACCAUACUCGUGCUUAAUCGAGUGGCGCGGACAACCUAUAUGCUCAACUUACCUACAGCACACCCGGAACAAACGACCGACCCUGCAGCUGCAUAG